AUGACCCAACUUUACGACUGGCUCGUCCAAACUCCCGCCAAUGCGGACGAUCUCAAGAACCGCAUCAACACUCGCCCCGCCCACCUGGAGCACAACAAACCGCUCAUCGAGGCAGGAAUCCUCGUAUGGGGCGGUCCUUCCCUAGCUACCCAUCCUAAGGGUCCAGAUGAUGGCCUCACCAUUACCGGCAGCAUCAUGUGUAUUCGUGCAGAAAGCGAAGAGGCGGUGCGUGAGAUUAUCCGGAAUGAUCCCUACGCGAAGGUUGGAUUCUGGUAUCCGGCGGAGGCGGUUAUAACGCCCAUGAGGUGUGUUGUGCGGAAGCCUUUGUAA